AUGAAAAUUGAAGAAUUUGCACGUUUAUUUGAAAAAUAUUAUCCAAAACAAUUAGCAGAAAAUUGGGAUAAUACAGGAAUACUUAUUAAUUCAGAAGAAGAAUUUAAUUUAGUGCUUGUUUGUAUUGAUAUAACUGAAUCAGUUAUUGAUGAAGCAAUAAACAAAAAAUGCAAAGCUAUUCUUUCAUAUCACCCAACUUUAUUUAAAUCUUUUAAAAAACUUGUUCCUGAAACUCGUUCUCAAAAACUUGCUCUUCGAUUGUUAAAAAAUGGAAUUAGUGUUUAUUCACCACAUUCUGCUUUAGACUCUGUUAAUGGUGGAAUUAAUGAUUGGCUUGCUUCUCUUGUUUUAAAUGAACCUGUUUCAUUAACAUCAGUACCAAAGAAUACUACAGCAAUUGAACCUAGCCAAAGCGAUAUUUCAAUUGGAAGUGGUAGAUAUGUUACAUACGAUACUCCAAUUACUAUUGAUGAGUUUAUUGAUAGAAUUAAAAAUGGGUUAGAUGUUCCUUUAAGGUAUGCCAUCCCUUCUACUAAAAAAGAAAUUAAAACAGUUGCAAUUUGUUGUGGAAGUGGAUCUAUGAUGUUUGCUAAUAAAUGUGCUGAUGCAGUUAUAACUGGUGAAAUGGGUCAUCAUGAAGUUCUUGAACACUUAGAAUGGAAUACUGCUGUUGUUUUAUCUGAACAUACAAAUACUGAAAGAGGUUAUUUAAAACAUUGGAUUCCUAGACUUUCAGAGUUGUUCCCAUCAGUCACUUUUUACCAGUCAGAAUGUGAUGUUAGUCCAUUAGUUUAUAUGGUCUAGUCUUGAUAAAACAAAACACAGAAAUAAAUGAAUUAAUGAAAUAA